ACCUGUUUAACGUCUCUAGACUUAUCAGUCUCUAUCCUGUGUGUCAUUUGAUCUGCUAUGAAGCCGUUAAUCUUUUUUUCACUGGUAGCUGUAGUGGUCUGUGUGCCAAUCCAACACAAUGAGAAACGUCAGAAAGCAAAUAAACUCCUGUUGAUCUCUUUUGAUGGGUUUCGUUGGGAUUACGAUCAGGAUGUGGAGACACCACAUUUGGACUAUCUAGUUGCAAAGGGAGUGAAGGCAAAAUAUAUUAACCCACCCUUUGUAACCAUGACAUCGCCUUCACAUUUCACAGCUAUCACGGGACGAUGGAUUGAAGAUCACGGAGUGGUCCACAAUAUGUACUACAACACCACCACCCUACUUAAACUACCGCACAAGCUCACAUUAAGAAAGACACAGUGGUGGGAUAAUGGAGUACUCCCACUCUGGAUCACAGCUCAAAAGCAGGGGAGAAAGGUUGCAUCAUUCCACUAUCCGGGAGGAAAUGUGACUUAUGGUGGGCAAGCUAUAUAUCGAUCGCUGGGGGAGUCACUUACGCACCCAGAUGCUAAUGAGACAGAGUGGAGGCUGAACAUCGAUAUUGUCUUGGAAUGGUUUGCAAAAGAAGACUUUGAUUUCGUAACACUUUAUUACGGAGAACCUGAUAGCGUUGGACACAGAAAGGGACCAGAAACAGAGGACAGACGCACUAUCAUUCGUCAAAUUGAUAGAACCGUUGGCUACCUAAUAGACAGCAUCGAGAGGCAUAACCUGAAGGAUACGCUCAAUGUUAUAAUAACUUCCGACCAUGGAAUGACAACAGUAAAGAAAGCCCCUGAAAUAAAUGAAAUCAGACUGUCCAAAUUUAUCAGUUUUAAAAAUAUUAAGCUUGAGUUAUUGGACUAUGGUGGUUUUGGGAUGAUUCUACCAAAGGAAGGGAAGACCGAAGAAAUCUACCAGGCACUGAAGAAUGCCCAUCCUCAUCUAAAAGUCUAUAAAAAGGAGGAACUUCCUGAAAGAUUUCACUAUAGUAAAAAUGACCGUAUUUUGCCAAUCCUCCUUUAUGGUGACCUUGGCUAUAGUGUGAAUGGGAGAAUCAUACUUUACGUCAAUAGAGGAGAUCAUGGAUUUGACAAUGAGGAAAUGGACAUGAAAAUGAUUUUCCGAGCUUUUGGCCCUGAUUUUAAAAGUGCUUACCUAUCGGAGCCUUUUGACAGUGUCCAUAUAUAUCCUUUAAUGUGCAAGUUAUUAGGAGUGAGGCCUGAACCUAACAAUGGAUCGUUGGCGAUUACUGAAGGAAUGUUGGUCAAUUCAUUUGGAAAGUCAGUUUUUGAUACUGCAGUGGUGUCCUUUAGAUCGGACCGACUUUCUGCAAUCAUAGGUUUAGCUGCUGUCCUCACGUUCCUCGUCUUAGUUGCUGUCUUUCAAGUGACCCACUCUGCUUUUCAAAAAAGCAAAAGAUCUGAACGAGGAAAUCACGGCAGCUUCAACAACGGAAACAAAACUUCAACUACACACUUUUGAAGCCCUUCUGAGAAGUUGAUUUCAAGCCAGUCUUUCAGCUGUAAAAAAUGUUUAAAGAAUGUUUGAA